UCCACAUCCCGAUGUUGGGUCUUCUCGUGCUAUGGAGGAGGAGGAAGAUGUGGCCCCCGUUCACGAGACUGAGGUUGUAGCUCGUGGAGGUCGACCUUAUACUCGAGUGAAUCCGGAUGUGCUAGAUGGUCCAUUUCCCGGUGGCCCGCGGGAUUCGUCUUUGAUACCGAGUUUCAAGUCGCACGUAGCGGCAUAUAUUUGGAGGGGAGAAGUAAGUUAAUUACUUGUUUUAAUUUUAAUAUUAUAAUUUUUGUAUCUUCUAUUAAAAUAUUUUUAUAGUUGAUUAAUUAAUAUGUUUUCUAAAUAAAUGAUUGCAGGAACGUCCGGUUGGACGAGUGGAGUCCCGUAUCAACUCCCUAAACCAAUUCAACUACGAGAAGAUAGCAGAUGCCCUAGAAGACGUAGAUGUAUCCGUAGACAAGCAUUUUCUGCGGAUGACCGGUUUGUAUCCCCUAGCCCGAUGUUAUUUACAGGGCCUAGAUAUUCCGCUGUUGUUUGCAUUCGUGGAGCGGUGGCAGCCGGAGACGAACAGCUUCCAUAUGCCGUGGGGAGAGAUGACUAUCACUCUCCACGAUGUCCAGAUGAUUCUAGGUGCCAAUGUGGAGGGACGGGUGGUCGCGCCUAGGUACGACGAUGCCAUCGAGCGGACAAACUGCGUGUAUUUGCUGUCCGAGGCCUUAAACCUCGAGUUUGAGGAGAUUGACGAGUCGUGGAAGCAUGGGGGCCCCACAUGGAGGAUGUUACAGGGACAGUUGUUGAUGCCCGACACGCCCAUGAGACGCCGAGUUCAGAUAUACCUGGUGUUUCUACUCGGAUCGAUUUUAUUCCCCGACAAGACAUGUGAUCGGGUGAAACCGUGGUAUAUGCACGUGCUCGAGGAUUCAGUGCUUGAUCAGGUCGGCACGUAUUCGUGGGGUUCGGCCUGUUUGGCCAAUCUAUACAGAGAGUUGGGUAUAUGCAGCCGAGCACAGUCGAGGGGCUUGGCGGGUUGCACCACCCUUCUUCAGGUAAAUUUUAAUAUAUUUGGAACUUAUUUUGUUCAUUUUAAUAUAUUUUAAUAAAUUUUAAUAUCUUUAAAUAAAAUAUUUGCAGUGCUGGAUAUACGAGUAUUUCCC